GUUGAAUCCGAAAACGGACACUACGAAUCCUGGAAUUAAGGGAAUCAUGGUCCGCAAUCUCCGGAGGCUCGCUCGUCGCGGCCGACUGUCCAGGCUUCUGCAGUUCGAGCAUAACAUUGGAUACGUAUUCACGAUAUGCAGCUAUUUGAUUGGUGUCUUCAUAUUCGCGACGAUCGUCGGCCAGGUUGGUAACGUAAUAACUAAUCGAAACGCGAACCGCCUCGAGUUUGAAAGGCUUCUGGAUGGCGCCAAAACCUUCAUGAGAAAUCACAAGGUGCCGGAUGAUAUGAAACAACGGGUGCUUAGAUGGUACGACUACAGCUGGUCGCGCGGCCGGAUACAGGGCGCGGGUGACAUCAAUAGCGCUCUCGGUCAACUCCCGGACAAGCUCAAGACUGAAUUGGCAUUACACGUGAAUCUCAAGGUGCUGAAGAAAGUCACUAUAUUCCAGGAAUGUCAACCAGAAUUUCUGCGUGAUAUCGUUCUGAAGAUGAAGGCUUCCAUAUUUACACCUGGCGAUACUAUUUGCCGGAAGGGCGAGGUUGGUCGUGAGAUGUUCAUAAUAGCCGACGGUAUACUGGAAGUGAUCAGCGAAAAGGGCAGAAUACUCGCGACAAUGAAGGCUGGGGACUUCUUCGGCGAGAUUGGUUUACUCAAUUUGGACGGAUUGAAUAAACGCACAGCCGACGUUCGUUCGCUGGGUUACUCCGAGUUGUUUAGCCUAUCGCGGGAGGACUUGAUGGCGGCGAUGACGGACUACCCGGAAGCGGAAGUAAUCCUGCAAACUCUCGGCCGAAAGAGGCUGAUGGAAGCACAGAGAAUAGCGCACGAAAUGCGUCAACCUGCAUCCCCCGGUCAUGAUUCGUCCGACAACAGCACCAGUAAGAAGAUCGUCAAUAAGCUGAAGAGUGACGUGAAAGGCCUGAAAAACGUCCUGCGGAAGGGUAGGCGCAACACUCAGCCGGAAGACAGCUUGGAGCUUCAGCCAUUGGCGCCAAAAGUGCCAACGCUGAAACGGCAGCAGAAGAUCGACGACGGCCAAGACCCGUCUUUGUCUAAUACUCAGGAGCAGCUGGAGUCAUCGCUGGGCGCCGGUCUUCCGCUGCUGUCCGAGCUUAAGACGUUGAAAGAAAAGGAGGAGAGGGAGGAAUGGCAUAAUUUGACGGAGACAUCGAUUAAUACGGUAGAACUACAUGUACCACCAGUCUCGGAGGCCUUGGACCCCACCAAUCCGAACUUGCCGUUUUUGCAGAGGGUACUUCAAUUAAAAACCGAGCACGAAACCACUCAAAUAGAGAGAGAAGUGCCCAAGGAGUCUCUGCCUAAGAAAACCAUUCCCGAGGAGAUGAGCACGCAAUCGGACGAGCAAUCGUCCUCAGGUGGUCAGAGUAUUGCUGUGACUACUGUGACUAUAACCUCGCAAGUCGAGACACACACUGUGUGCAAGUUGAUCAAUUCCUGGACCAAGCUGAAAAAUGCAUUAUUGACUUUGGAGGAUAAUUCGUCGCAGAGUAGUUCACCGACCAGAAAACUCUCCAGCUUCUGCAAUGAAAGGCAAAAGCUGAAAAAAGCAACUAGGAGCUCAUCCCUCGAUUGCGGCAAUAACGUCGAGCCAAAGUUUGGCAGCAACCUCACAAGAAGCCACUCGGACACCUGUGUCAUUGAAUACAUCAGGAAGCUGGUUAAAUAUAAUCAAGAUCGACAAGGGACACCGACACCGGAACUAUCGCCAGAAAAUGAGACACCUGAAAGACAGCGAUUGAAGAGCAUUUUGAAAAAAUUGUCAGCCAGCAGUAGGGCUGACAGUUCCGAGACUUCUGCGACGAGUACGCAUGAUCACGGUGCCGCAACCGCCGAACUGGAAAAGCUGAUGAGAGCGCCGACAGUUGAGGGUUACGCCGUGCGGCACUCAAAGCUGUCCAAGAGUGUGACUUUCAACAAGUACACGAUGGAUAGCCCGCCGUUCGAGCAACAUUUACAAUCGUCGACGAAUUAUCCGUUGUCCAGCACCCAGGAUCAGCUGUCAGUGCCGCUAUCCAAUAAAUUUAGUGCCCGUCCUGUGAGCAGUGCCGUCUCGACGCAAACGACGCAGCAGGAGGAGUGCUCGAACAAAUUGCUCUAUGGGAUCCUCGAGUCCAUCAAGACAAACAUGGUGGACAUACAGAAUAACUUCAAGUCGCUAGAGCGGGAAAUACGUGAGCGUAACAAAUUUACAUCGCAGCUACAGUCACACAAUCAGCAACUGAAGCGAAGAAAACUGCGAAGAGCAGAUGAUUCCAGUGGGGAUAGCACCGACCAAUACGCUUCCAUGGAGGAGGGCCUCGAUCACGAUCGUGAGGAUCAUCCUUUCAUGCGUGAUAGCUCUGUGGACACCGUCCUUGGAUCUAUGCGGUCUCGCGAUGGACACUCGUCCUCGUCCGUCGGUUCACGCAGCAGGCGAUCGUGGGAGGAACAUUCGGAAAGAGAAACUUUGGAACUGCAGGAGUUACCAAACUCAAUAGUACCCCAGAAACUGUCGCAGAAGGACGUGGUGAUAGAUCUUGAAUCAAGUGACAGCGGAUCAGAUGAAGACCUUGAUACGCAUUACCCGAUAUAUUACCCCGAUAGCGAUGAGGAGGGCGACGAGGAAGAAGACGGCUGCAACGAUUGGGAGCUCGCUCUGCUGGCAAAAGAGCUCGAUGAACGUUGGAAGAAUAACGAUAAUGCCAAUUCGGGUUCCUAAUUUAACAAGAUUCCAGAUAACCUCGGGAACACGAUACGCUCCGAUGAAUGCAAUCCACUGGCUGGAUCCAGUGGUAGUGCAGCUUUUUGCGAACGCGAUCCUUGCCCGAACACAGUCAGAUUCCGACAGUACAACUAGCUGUAGCGAGACUUUAAUAUAGUCCGAUCUCGCAAAGUGUUAUUGAUGUUUCUCCUCCUUUCCUAUUUUUAAUCCAUUUCGUCUAAUUUAAUUUUUAAUAUCUAUGAUAGAUGUCCAACUCGAUGGAUCCGUGUAAUGGUGAUCCUGUGUAAUUUAUUACUUGUA